CCCCUUUAAACACUGUCGUCGCUAUUAUAUAACUGAUUUUUGUUUAUUUUAAAAUAUUAAAUACACAAUUUUGAUAGUUUUUAAAUUUAUAACUCUUACAAGCGGAGCGUGUUUUAUGACUUCUGCGGCGAAAAGAAAAAGAACUUGCUGGUGCUUCACCCUUAGUGUAACCUAAUACUUGUAACCGAAAAAAAUUCUCGGUCUUAUUUCUGGGGACAAAGGAUGAUAUUGCAUAGGUAAAAAAAGGCUGUAAUUGAAAGCUAUAAAUAGGGUUGUUGGCUUAUUUAAUUCUAUAUCAGAGAGCCGGUUCCUGACAAUAAGAUGAAGAAAUUUUUCUACAUUGUAUUUUUUGUAGCAUUGCUUAUUGCAAUCGGUUUGUCAUCUGGAGGAGAAAUCAUUGACGUAGGUCAUCCUAAAUUUAGUUUGAGAUUGGCUCAAACAGCAACAACAGCUCUUGCCGACAGAAAAGUUUCACGGCCACCUAAACAAUUUCGACCACAACGAGACGGUAGACCAGGCAAUUUGGAUUCUAGCGACGACGAAAGAAAACCUGAAACGAUAGGACAAAAUGAUGCAACUGGGUGGGGUGCCGGGAAAAUAACUGGUGUUGUUAUUGGUUGCGCAGUGUUUUUUUCUGGAGUUCUGAUUUAUAUCGCAAGACGCUUUGGAUGCUGUACCUGCGAUGACUCUUGCAACUACUGUUGCUAA